AACGCAAAAGGAAGCGUUCAAGACUGGAUCUCAAAGGACCCCGGACAAAAACCACCAAGGUGAGUUGUACAAGUCACUUAAAAAAUAAAACGAAGAAGAAUUUAACCCAGGUUUUACAAUGGAGUACCGAACCGAUUAAAAACCGAUACGAGACGCAAUUUGUUCCGUACUAAAUAUCCGAUAGACAUCUGUCACACAUAAACACUGAAUGCAUCAAUAAUGAACACAAUAAAACACUGGAAAUAUUGAAUCAAGCCAAAUUGUCGGUUGUCAUCAGGCAGCACGGUGGGCUGCCUGAUGACAGACAACCCCGAUCAGGAGAAACGUUGCAGAAAUGUUGCAGACACUAGGCCCCGUUUACACGACAGCAAUUUCUGGAGAAAAUGGAAGAGUUUUGUUGCGUUUGUACUGUACAUUUACAUGAAACCACCGAAUGUUUUCUCUGACAACGGCACAGAUUGAAAACGGGUUCCAGAGUGCAACGUUUCUGGAACGUACCGGUGUCCGUUGUCUUGUAAACAGAGUAAAUGGAUCUUUUCUGUCAGGGAAUCCCUAGCUCAUGCAUAGUAUGACGCAAAACAUAGUUGCUUCCUACAAUCCGCAGAAGAAGAAACUACUGACAAUGCUGGUGUUAUUACAAUUCGUGUUUUCCCAUCAGAUACGGUUCCCUCAGCGUCUCUUCACCGCUCCGCACCGCCCAGGUAUGUACCCAAGCGCCUGGCAACUAUUCUGCUUGAUCAGAAGCCAAACAAACAGGCUUGGAAGACGAUGGGACCAGCAAAACUUGAAUUGCCUUCUCCAUCGAACUACCUCAAGAAAAACGCAAAGCGCCCCAAAGCUCCUGAGAGGACAGGGACUGAAGGCAUCCAGAAAACCAGUACUAUCACUGCAGUAAGGCCACCACUCCACGUACGGGCCAACUACCCACUGAGUCCAAUCAAGAGGGAUGUCAUACAGACAGCUGAUGUGAAGCCUAAGCCCUCUCAUGUAGACUUUGCACAGACACACAAACAGCUUCUCCAAAGCGCUGGACUUACCCCCAAAUAUGUCAUGAAAAAGGAUUUUGGUCAGGUACCCAUGUACUUGCAGCAGCGCCGUGCAGCUGAACAGCAGGCUAGGGAUGACCUGGAGAGACUUGAAAAGGAGAAGCAGGCCACACGACAAGUGUCAGAGGACGAGCGAAAAGCUGCCCUGGAGGGCUUGAAGAAGAAAUGGUAUGAAGUGCAUCAUGAAUAUCAGGGCCUUCCUUUCAUCCUAUACACCCCAUCGCAGAAAGCCCGCAAGAUCCACAUGGAGGAGCAACUGACUGAACUGGAGAAGCACAUAAGACUGCUUGAAAAGUUCAAAACCAUCUACAUUUCUGAUGCAGAUGCCGGUGGAUGUCCUUAACCCCUGAGACUCCAGAUGUCAUAUUAAAAAAAUAAAACGUUC